CCAUGUCCUCCCAAUGGCUAUGGUCAUAGAAAACGGGCAAAGUAGCUAACACGAAAUUUGACCUUCCCUAGUGACUCCCCCACACCCACACCAAUGACCUUCCUCGAAACCCAACCCUCAGUCCCCCUUGCCACGGGCUUCAAACCCCAGGUCAAAGUCCUGAGCCGAAAACCCGCGCCCCGAACAAUCGCCCGGCGCGACCCCGUCACCGGCCUCCUCUCCCACCUCUCCCUCGCCGACGACGACGCCGACGACCAGCACGCCGAGAAGAAGCCGCAGCUCACGCCCGAGGAGAUUCGCGCCAAGCAGCAGCGCGAGCUCGAGGAGAAGCAGCGGCGGUACGAGGAGGCGCGCGCAAAGAUCUUUGGCGAAUCGAACCCUUCCUCUGGCGCCUCGAGCCCGAGUGGGACAGUCACUCCACCUAGAGGGGGAGGAGGAGGCGCCGAGAACGAAAGAGGUGGAGGGCGCGGCCGUGGACGAGGACGCGGUCGCGGCGGCGGCGGUGGUGGAUACCGAGGGAACUCGAAUCGACAAGAUGACCUACGACGACCUGGCAGUAGCAGAUCCGACGCCGUUCGCGCCGAGAGCGGUCGUGAGCUCUACGACCCCGGAUACGCACCCCGAGGCGGCUUCGGGAUGCAGAAGCGUGGGGGCGGCGACGGCCCACACACGUACAACACAUACAACCCGCAUUCUUCUGGGCGUUCGACCCCGAGAGACGUCGAGGACCAGCCCAAGCAGGCCAUUCGAGCUCCACGCGGACCGGAUGGGACUGGACGAGGUGGAUUCGGCUUCGCCAAGCGAGGCACAAAGGAAGGAUGAAAUUAUUACUAUGCUAAUUUUGCCUCUUCCCUGU